AUGGCGUCUGUGUUUCGAAGUGAGGAGAUGUGCUUGUCCCAACUGUUUCUCCAGGUGGAGGCAGCGUACUGCUGUGUAGCUGAGCUCGGAGAACUUGGAUUGGUUCAAUUCAAAGAUUUGAAUGUGAAUGUGAACAGCUUCCAAAGGAAAUUUGUGAACGAAGUCAGAAGAUGUGAAUCACUGGAGAGAAUCCUUCGUUUUCUGGAAGAUGAGAUGCAAAAUGAGGUUGUAAUUCAAUUGCCUGAGAAGAACCCCCUGACCCCUCUCCCUCGGGAAAUGAUUGCCCUGGAGACUGUUCUAGAGAAAUUGGAAGGAGAGUUACAGGAAGCCAACCAGAACCAGCAGGCUUUGAAAAAAAGCUUCCUAGAACUGACCGAACUCAAAUACCUCCUGAAGAAAACCCAGGACUUCUUUGAGACGGAGACCAAUUUAGCUGAUGAUUUCUUUAUUGAGGAUACUUCUGGUCUUCUGGAGUUGAGAACUGUGCCUACUUACAUGACUGGGAAGUUGGGGUUCACAGCCGGUGUAAUAAACAGGGAGAGGAUGGCUUCCUUUGAGAGGCUGCUGUGGCGAGUUUGCCGGGGAAACAUCUACUUGAAGUUCAGUGAGAUGGACACACACCUGGAGGAUCCUGUCACGAAAGAAGAAAUUAAGAAGAAUAUAUUCAUCAUAUUUUAUCAAGGCGAGCAGCUCAGGAAGAAAAUCAAGAAGAUCUGUGAUGGGUUUCGAGCCACCAUAUACCCUUGCCCAGAGCCUGCGGCGGAGCGCAGGGAGAUGCUGGCUGGUGUCAACAUGCGGCUGGAAGAUCUAAUCACCGUCAUAACACAGACGGAGUCUCACCGCCAGUGCCUGCUGCAGGAAGCAGCUGCCAACUGGCACUCCUGGGUCAUCAAGGUGCAGAAGAUGAAGGCCGUUUACCACGUUCUGAACAUGUGCAACAUCGACGUCACCCAGCAGUGCAUCAUCGCGGAGAUCUGGUUCCCGCUGGCCGAUGCCGGGCGCAUCAAGAAGGCCUUGGAGCAGGGCAUGGAAUUGAGUGGCUCUUCUAUGGUCCCCAUCAUGACCGCCGUGCAGUCUAAAACAGCCCCUCCCACAUUUAACAGGACCAACAAAUUCACAGCAGGCUUCCAGAAUAUUGUGGAUGCCUAUGGCGUAGGCAGUUACCGGGAGAUAAACCCAGCUCCCUACACCAUCAUCACCUUCCCCUUCCUGUUUGCUGUAAUGUUUGGAGACUGCGGUCACGGGAUUGUGAUGUUUCUGGCGGCCCUGUGGAUGGUUCUCAGUGAGAGACACCUGCUCUCCCAGAAGUCGGACAAUGAGAUCUGGAACACCUUCUUCCACGGGCGCUACCUGAUCCUCCUCAUGGGCAUCUUCUCCAUCUACACGGGCCUGAUCUACAAUGACUGCUUCUCCAAGUCUCUGAACAUCUUUGGAUCUUCCUGGAGCGUACAGCCCAUGUUCAGAAAUGGCACGUGGAAUACUCACGUAAUGGAGACGAAUUCAUUUUUACAGUUGGACCCAGCCAUGCCGGGAGUGUAUUCUGGAAACCCAUAUCCGUUUGGGAUUGAUCCGAUUUGGAACUUGGCUUCAAACAAACUCACCUUUUUGAAUUCCUAUAAAAUGAAGAUGUCAGUUAUCCUGGGAAUCGUCCAGAUGGUUUUCGGCGUUAUUCUCAGCCUGUUCAAUCACAUAUACUUCCGAAAGACUGUCAACAUCAUCCUGCAGUUUAUCCCUGAGAUGAUCUUUAUCCUGUGUCUCUUUGGGUAUCUGGUUUUCAUGAUCAUUUUCAAAUGGUGCCUCUUUGAUGUCCACGGGUCUCGGCACGCCCCCAGCAUCCUCAUCCACUUCAUCAACAUGUUUCUGUUCAACUACAAUGACUCUUCCAAUGCACCCCUGUACGGACACCAGCAAGAAGUCCAGAGUUUCUUUGUGGUCAUGGCUUUGCUUUCGGUCCCGUGGAUGCUUCUGAUUAAGCCAUUUAUUCUUAGAGCCAAUCAUCGGAAAUCCCAGCCACAGGCAGCCAAGAUCCAAGGAGACCCCUCUGAGGACGUUGAAGGUGAUGGGUCCAGCACUUCCGGUCGGAGGACUUCUGCAAGUGCCCAGGGGGCUCAGGAUGACCAUGAGGAAGAGUUCAACUUUGGAGACGUCUUUGUCCACCAGGCCAUCCACACUAUUGAGUACUGUCUGGGCUGCAUCUCCAACACGGCCUCGUACCUGCGGCUCUGGGCGCUCAGCCUGGCUCAUGCACAACUGUCUGAAGUUCUCUGGACCAUGGUGAUGAACAUUGGUCUUCGCAUGCAAGGCUGGGGAGGCAUCAUUGGGGUUUUCAUAAUUUUUGCCGUGUUUGCUACCCUGACAGUGGCCAUCCUCCUGAUCAUGGAGGGCCUCUCUGCUUUCCUGCAUGCCCUGCGACUGCACUGGGUGGAGUUCCAGAACAAGUUCUAUGUGGGGGCUGGCUACAAGUUUGCUCCGUUUUCCUUCAAACACAUCCUGGAUGGCACCGCUGAGGAGUAG